GCCGCCCCGUCGAGGACGAACCCUGGCCCGGCGGGCGGCGGCGCGGAGAGAGGCUCCGAGGCGGGUACCGCCACCCGUCCCGCCCGCAGCGCCCCGCGCCCGGAGCCGCCGAGAUUGACUGGGGCGGAGCGGAGCGCGGCGCGGCCGCGGAGCCGGAGCCGGCCGAGGAGGAGUGCGGGCGGCGGGACACCAUGUCCAAACCGGUGGACCACGUCAAGAGACCGAUGAACGCUUUCAUGGUGUGGUCGCGGGCGCAGAGACGGAAGAUGGCCCAGGAGAACCCCAAGAUGCACAACUCGGAGAUCAGCAAGCGACUGGGCGCCGAGUGGAAGCUGCUGAGCGAGGCGGAGAAGCGGCCCUUCAUCGACGAGGCCAAGCGGCUGCGGGCCAUGCACAUGAAGGAGCACCCCGACUACAAAUACCGGCCGCGCCGCAAGCCCAAGACGCUGCUCAAGAAGGACAAGUUCGCCUUCCCCGUGCCCUACGGGCUGGGCGCCGUGGCCGAGCACGAGCCCCCGCACGGGCUGAAGGCGGCGGCGCUGCACGGCGGGGCCGCGGGCGGGCUGGGGCCCGACUCGCUGCUGGGCAACCCCGAGAAGGCGGCCGCCGCCGCCGCCGCGGCCGCCGCGCGCGUCUUCUUCCCGCAGUCGGCCGCCGCCGCGGCCGCCGCCGCCGCUGCCGCCGCCGCGGGCGGCCCCUACUCGCUGCUGGACCUGGGCUCCAAGAUGGCCGAGAUCUCCUCGUCGUCGUCGGCGGGCUCGGCGCUGCCCUACGCCUCCUCGCUGGGCUAUCCCGGCGCCGGCGGGGCGGGAGCUUUUCACGGGGCCGCCGCCGCCGCCGCUGCCGCGGCCGCCGCCGCCGGGGGGCACACGCACUCGCACCCGUCCCCCGGCAACCCGGGCUACAUGAUCCCCUGCAACUGCAGCGCCUGGCCCGGGCCCGGGCUGCAGCCUCCGCUGGCCUACAUCCUCCUGCCGGGCAUGGGCAAGCCCCAGCUGGACCCGUACCCCGCGGCCUACGCCGCCGCGCUAUGACCCGCGCUGUGAGCCGCUGCCCGGGGGAAGCGGGCGGAGAGCGGCGGAGCCGCCGCCGACCUGUUGCGCGCCGCCCCGCCUCGAGCUCGUGUGUGUGUUGCAUGCGGAUAGCCGAGCUGAGAGGGAGUGAGAAAAAGAGGAAAAGAAAAAUGAAAAAAAAAAAGAACAAAAAAAAGAACAAAACCGAACAACCUUCCCCCCUCCCCCACCUCCCCCCAAGACCGUCCGUCCAUCCGUCCCCUCGAAAAAAGUGCUUCCUCGGGGACGUGGGCUCGGGAAGGGCCGCGCGGGGAUGCGCCGUUCCCCCGGGACGGUUCCCACGGGGGCAGAGAUGGGGCGGUGCCGCUCCGCUCCGCGGGUGUCAGCCCGGGACUGUACAUGUGUCAAUGUCUGUGGCAACGUUAGGUCUCGGAUCGGAAAGUCUGUCGCUUCCUUUGCCCACGGUCGAGUCGGUUUGAAGCUGAAGAAAAGGGAAAGAAAAAAAAAAAAAAGGAAAAAAAAAAAAAGUGAUGGAAUGCCUUUCAAAGGGAAUAAACAUAUUGCGGGACCGUUCGGGGAUCGCGAUAUGAUCUAAGGUUAAAUCAGACUUUUUUGUCUGAGUGCUAAUUAUCUAUUUAUUAUGUAGCUGAACUGAAGCAGAGCUUUGCUUUGACGGAAGAGUAUUUCUCAUUUAAAGAAACCCCGUCCCCGCCACCACAGAGUGUGUCACUGUGUCUCGGAGAACCCCCCCCCUUCCCCCACUCCAAAGCCCCCCUUAUCCCGUUUAGCUGAUUUUAGAGCGACCGCAAUUCAAUUGCAAGUGACGAUUUGAAGCCGGAACACAAAUUUUAGAGGGGAAUCCUCCAUCGGUUUAUAGAGUUCUUUUUGGUUUACUUUUGUAAUGUGUAUAUUUUGACUAAUGGUUGUGAAUGAAGCUGGCUAACCUGUAUUUAGUUUCAUUUUGGCUUUAUGUAAUAUAAAGUAAAACGACAACGGAAAGAAAGGAAACAAAGAUUAAGUAUUGGUUUUAACAUUUACGUGUAAAUGGUUUUCUUGUGUGACCUUCUAAUUUAAAGUUAGACGUCUGAACGAUAUCUGUACAUUAGAUUCCGACUGCCACUCUGUUCAUUUUUGAACAAAGAGUUUAAAUAAAGCCUGAAGCAGGGAAAGGAGAACCCCUCUCGUUCUCGUGGCGUUCCUCUCAGCUCCCAUCGCAUCGCCCCUCCGCGCCGCCCCGGCUGAGGUGUACGGUGUCCUCAAGGCGCUCUUUGUUUCAUCCUGAAUAGAUUUACGGGGAUAUCUAAAUCGGGCCAUUGUUAUU